AUGAGAGGCUUCAAAUUCGUUCUCCUUUUCACCGCACUGGUGGUGACUUCUUUCGCUGCUCCACACCAUGGAGGACCAGUCUCCAAGAGACCACCACCACCUCCACCACCACCGAAAGGAACUGGAAGUCCUCCACCUCCUCCACCACCACCAUCUGAUGAGCCUCAAGAGGUAAAACUCACAUUCCGUUAUGUUCGAACCACGUACGUUUCACAGAUAGUUGCUGGUAUCUCGUCUCGUCGUCCACCACCACCUCCACCACCACGUGGAACCGGAACUCCAUCACCACCGCCAUCCGAGGAACCAAGAGAUCUUGUAGAAGGAAAUGCAUCCCGUCGUCCACCACCACCUCCACCACCACCGAAGGCAACUGGAAGCCCUCCACCUCCACCACCACCACCAUCUGAUGAACCUCAAGAGGUAGUUGCUGGUGGCGCAUCUCGCCGUCCACCACCUCCGCCACCACGUGGAACCGGAACUCCACCACCACCACCAACCGGAGUACCAGAAGAGUUAAACGAGGCCAACCACGCUUCUCGUCGUCCGCCACCACCUCCACCACCACCGAAGGGAACUGGAGGCCCUCCACCUCCUCCACCACCACCAUCUGAUGAACCACAAGAGGUAAAGUGCACAAUUCGUUAA